AUGGCGCAGCAGGAACUUGCGUCUAUGCAUGACAGUGAGAGAGCACGAUACCAAGAUCUACAAAGCCAAAUUCUUUCUACGUCGAAUUCUGUGAAGAGCAAGGGUGCUAUCAUUGAAUUGAAACAAGGUGUGGGUGGACAAGAGUCCUGUCUCUUCCUGAGUGAAAUGCUUCGUAUGUAUAUGAAGUACUGCGAAAAUCGUGCACAACAAGCGCUCGAGUCUGGAAAGGAUCGCGUUCUGGGAUCGGGCUGGCGCGUUGAGCUCCUCUCUGCCACGCCGGUAGAUGUAUCAACGAGCAGUGGCUCCAGCGAUGCUCUGCGUGAAGCGAUCUUGCAGGUGCAUGGCGAGCAGGCGUAUGAGGCGCUUCGAUUUGAAGCGGGUCGAAUUCCUGCUACACAAAAUCUCGGAAAGCUGCAGACGAGUACGAUUGCGAUCAUUGUGCUUCCUAUGCAGGGAGGCGAGGAGCAGGCCGACGACAUUUUGGAUCCCAAAGACGUCAGGAUAGAGACGAUGCGUGCGCGAGGUGCGGGUGGGCAACACGUCAAUCGAACCGAGUCGGCCGUCCGUCUGACGCACGACCCCACGGGGAUUACAGUGUCCAUGCAAGAUUCGCGCAGCCAACAUCAAAAUCGAGCCAAAGCAUGGGAGGUGCUUCGUGCUCGCCUGUUGGACCGACACUUGAAGAAGGAGGCGGAGGAGAACAAGGCGCUUCGCCGCUCUCAAGUGGCCAGUGCGGAUCGUAGCGAACGUGUGCGCACGUACAACUUCCCGCAGGACCGCGUCACCGAUCACCGCGUGGGUAUCUCCCUCUCCAACAUUGGGGGCUUCAUGGAUGGUGAUGACGACGACGGCGGUGGACUCACCUACCUGUUAGAGGAGCUGAUGGCCAGUGAAGACGAGAUACGGCUCCAUGCCUUACUAGAGCAGCAAGGCAGUCCGUAG